UCGACCGCCUAAAAGCAUCCGCACUGCCACUCUCCUCAUAUACGAUCCCCAGCCCUUGGGUCGCUUCCUUGGAGCUUGCACGAAGAGCCCACUUCUUCAUGUUCCUGACCUGAGCCAUACUCAUGGAUCCUCUCACCGGAUGUAUCCACCCUCCCCCCCCCCCGGCGCACUGCACCAGCAACAUUUUCGAUUGUGAUGUUGUUCGGAUACGCUCUGGGCUACUCCGCGAGCUGGAGAACAGCGCGUCGAGAGUUAAGAUCAGACAUCUGAGGAUUGACUUAACGAAUGACGACCGCUGCUACGACACAUGUGGUUGGGAAGCACACUCGAGCUAUAUGAUUCACAGUACUGCCAUGCCGGCCUUCGGUGCGCUACAAAGUAUCGAUGUUUUAGUCGAGGACGGGUUGGCGAAUCGGAUGCAGUUCAUUGAGGAGACCUAUUGGGGAAGUUGCCCGAGAGGGAAGGUGAGGAUCGUAGAUGGGAAGACUGGGGAAUGAAAUGAUGAGAGUACGAGUGGGGUGUAAGCAGAUUGGGCUGAUAAUCGAUGUAGGGAGGGGGAUGGGGAGUGGAUCCAUGAGGACAGUGGAGUGUAUGCGGUUUGGGCGGUUUGGGCGGAUAGU